AUGGCGAAGCUAGCCAUUGCCAAGCCCAGGGACGACGCCGGCAAGGCGUGGCCAGCAAUCUGCGUCGGCGCCUUCGUUGCUUUCGGCGGUGUCCUAUUCGGUUACGACACCGGUACCAUCUCUGGUAUCUUGGCUAUGCCAUACUUCCAACACCUCUUUUCUACCGGCUACCGCAACUCAGUCACCGGCGAACUUGAUAUUUCCCCAUCCCAACAGUCCGCGAUCGUCAGUAUCUUGUCAGCAGGCACCUUCUUCGGCGCUCUCACCUCUCCCUUCCUGGCCGACUCCAUCGGACGUCGAUUGGCUCUGAUCGGCUCCACCCUCGUUUUCACUCUCGGUGUCAUCUUCCAAACUGCCGCCACGGCUCUGCCCCUAUUCCUGGCUGGCCGAUUCUUUGCUGGAUUCGGCGUGGGUCUCAUUUCGGCGCUUAUUCCCCUCUAUCAAUCGGAAACUGCUCCAAAAUGGAUUAGAGGAGCGAUAGUAGGCGCCUAUCAGUGGGCAAUUACUAUCGGUCUUCUCCUCGCAGCCAUCGUGGAUAAUGCUACCGCCAACCGCGGAGAUACAGGGUCAUAUCGUAUCCCUGUCGCGGUACAAUUCGCGUGGGCGCUCAUUCUCAUCGGUGGAAUGCUCAUUUUGCCCGAGUCUCCCCGGUUCCUCAUCAAGCAAGGCAAGGGGGAGAAGGCCGCUCAUGCUCUUGGAUAUCUUCGACGUCUCCCUGCCGACCACCCCUCCAUCACUGCCGAGCUGGCCGAGGUGCGAGCCAACCACGAAUACGAGAUGAGCCUCGGAAAGGCGAGCUACUUCGAUUGCUUCCGUGGAGACAUGGUCAAGCGCCAGUUCACCGGCAUGGCCCUCCAGGCACUGCAGCAGCUGACCGGUAUCAACUUUAUCUUCUACUACGGCACACAAUACUUCAAGAACAGUGGUUUGAAGGACGCGUUCAUCAUCCAGGUGAUCACUUCUGUGAUCAACGUGUUUUCCACACUUCCCGGCUUGUACGCCGUUGAUAAGUUCGGCCGUCGACCUCUGCUUCUUUGGGGCGCGGUCGGAAUGGCUGUUUCUCAGUUCCUUGUGGCAAUGCUAGGAACCUUGACCACAAGCCAGGACUCUCAGGGCGCCAUCGUCGUGCACAACGUUGCAGCACAAAAGGCGGGCAUUGCGUUUGUGUGCCUCUACAUUUUCUUCUUCGCGUCGACUUGGGGCCCUCUGGCUUGGGUCGUUACAGGCGAAAUCUUCCCGCUGAAGCAUCGGGCCAGGUCUCUGUCCCUUACCACUGCUACCAACUGGCUCUUGAACUGGGCUAUCGCGUUCGCGACACCGUAUCUUGUCAACUACGGCCCAGGAUAUGCUAAUUUGCAGUCCAAGAUCUUUUUUAUCUGGUUCGGCUGCUGCUUUAUCUGCAUUGCAUUUGUUUAUUUCUUCAUCUACGAAACCAAGGGGCUGUCUCUUGAGGAAGUUGAUGAGCUGUACGCAGACGUGAAGGGUCUGAGUGCCGCGAGGAAGAGCAAGCACUGGCAGCCUACUACCAGCUUCCAGCAAAGGGGCUCAGUCGCUCACCAAGGCGGCAUCGUUGGUGGCGAGAAAGAAGCCAACUUGGAGCACUCUGAGGGUCCUGGAGCUUGA